AUGGAAAGUGGCCGUCCCGACAUUAAUGAUUUUGUCAAAACGCUUUCAUCCCAACUACAAAUCAUUAUAAAAAACAAGUGUAAAGAUAGGAUAGUCGCAUUUGAUAAUACACUAAAAGGGUCUGAAUCGCAAUCACAAGUGGCUGAGCUGAUGUCUAUUAUCGAUGACAUGAAUAAAUCUAACAUGAAAGAUAGAAGUGAGUACUACUCAAAUGACGAGUAUAAUAAGGCGAUGGUUGUCAUACAGAAAGAGGUGUUGAUGGAGAAACAUAAUCUUGAACUGCAGCGUCUAACAGAGGAGGACAAAAUUAAAAGGCAGAUAGAAGAAGCAACCGAUGAAAAAGUUGAAAAAACCUUUGGUUGA